AUGAAAAGAAAUUCAAUCUUAGCAUAUGACGUAUUCACAAAGACUGAAGAGGACGUGAGGAUCAGAACAAGAGUCGGGGGUAUCAUUACACUAUGCUGUUUAUCAUUUACCGCAAUUCUAUUAUUCUCUGAAUGGAUUAAUUUUAAUCAUGUAAUUACAAAACCAAAUCUAGUGAUAGAUAGAGAACACCAUUUAAAAUUAGAACUAAAUAUCGAUAUCACUUUCCCAUUUAUACCUUGUCAAUUGUUAAAUCUAGAUAUAAUGGAUGAUUCUGGGAACGUACAGUUGGAUAUUACAGAAUCAGGUUUCACCAAGACAAGAAUUGGCUCAGAUGGCCAGCAAUUAGGAACUACAAAUUUUAAAGUUAGUGAAGAUUUAUUAGAAUAUUCUCCAAAGGACAAAAAUUAUUGUGGUUCAUGUUACGGUGCAAGAGAUCAAUCUAAGAAUGAUGAAGCAGAGAGUGUUGAUAAAAAAGUCUGUUGCCAAACUUGUGAGGAUGUUAAAAAUGCAUAUUCUGAUGCAGGUUGGGCUUUCUUUGAUGGUAAAAAUAUCGAACAGUGUGAAAGAGAAGGUUAUGUUGAGAAGAUGAACGACCAGUUAAAUGAAGGAUGUAGAAUAUCAGGAGAAGCUUUAUUGAACAGAAUACAUGGCAAUAUCCAUUUUGCACCAGGUAAAGCUUUCCAAAAUCGAGGAGGUCAUUUCCAUGAUACUUCAUUUUAUAAUGAUCAUAAAAAUCUAAAUUUCAAACACAUGAUCGAACAUCUAAGUUUCGGUAGACCAGUGGCACAAUUUAAAUCCAAUAAAGACCUGGUGGCAAUGACCUCGCCAUUAGACGGCCACCAAGAAUUACCUUCAAUCGAUGCCCAUAAUCAUCAAUUCAUCUAUUUUGCCAAAAUCGUUCCUACAAGAUUCGAGUAUCUAAACAAACAAGCACAAGAAACAUCACAACUAGUGGUCACAUCACACAUGAAACCAAUAGGAGAUGCAACCGACUAUUCAACUACAAUGAAUAGUCGUCAAGGUAUACCUGGAUUAUUCAUAGAUUACGAAAUUUCACCAUUAAAAGUGAUUAACAGAGAACAACAUGCGACAACCUGGUCAGGGUUCCUAUUGAAUUGUAUAACAAGUAUUGGUGGUAUACUGGCAGUAGGAACAGUAGCAGAUAAAAUAGUACAUGCCACACAACGUGUAGUGUCACAUAUUAACAAUAAAUAA